AUGUAUAGCCUCCUCGGCCCCGCUCUGUUUGCGUCCCUCGCUGCGGCCCAUGGUCACGUCACCAACAUCGUUAUUAACGGUGUCUCCUUUAAUGGAUGGGACAUAAACAGCUAUCCGUACAUGGAAUCGCCUCCGGCUGUGGUAGCUUGGGGUACCCCAAACACUGGCAAUGGUUUCAUUGCUCCGGAUGCGUACACAACCUCAGAUAUCAUCUGUCAUCUAAAUGCUACUAAUGCCAAAGGGCAUGCGGUAGUCGCUGCCGGCGACCGAGUCUUUCUUCAGUGGACUGACUGGCCAGACUCGCAUCAUGGGCCGGUCAUUGAUUACCUCGCUAGUUGUGGCUCAACUGGCUGUGAAACUGUGGACAAAACCACUCUCAAGUUUUUCAAGAUUGACGGUGUUGGACUAGUUGACGACAAAACCGUUCCCGGCACUUGGGGCGAUGAUCAGCUCGUAGCCCAGAAUUCGGGAUGGAUGGUCGAGAUUCCUCCCGACAUCGCACCUGGGAAUUAUGUCUUGAGACAUGAACUGAUCGCACUCCACAGUGCAGGCACUGAAGGUGGGGCCCAGAAUUAUCCUCAAUGCUUCAACCUUCAAAUCACUGGCUCCGGAUCAAAGCAACCAGCAGGUGUGUUGGGUACAGAGCUGUACAGUCCAACGGAUCCUGGUAUUGUCGUGAACAUCUACACAUCUCUGUCAACCUAUGUUGUCCCUGGGCCAACUCUUUACAGUGGUGCUGUCUCAAUCACGCAAACUACUUCAGCAAGCACCGCGUCGGGUACACCAGUGACAGGGACAGGAACAGCUGCUGCUAGCGGCACUACUACAACCUCAUCCUCCAAGGCUGCCACCACGACAUUGGUGACUACCACAAGAGCUACCAGCCCUACCACUACUAUCAGUAAAACCAGUGCGAUCAGGAAGCCCGCUACCGCCACCCCUUCCACCACUCCCACCACCGCCGCGGCUGGUGGGGGCGGAGCAACCCAAACCCUCUACGGACAGUGUGGAGGAACUGGUUGGACAGGACCAACUGCAUGUGCAUCACCAGCAACCUGUUCUUCGGCGAACCCGUAUUAUUCUCAGUGUGUUUCAACUGCUGCUUGA